CGCGGCCACCGCCUCCAGUGCCCGCAUCAUUCCCGAGCCAGAGCCAAGCAGCAUGAGGGAGAUUGUGCACAUCCAGGCCGGCCAGUGCGGCAACCAGAUCGGGGCCAAGUUUUGGGAAGUGAUCAGCGAUGAACAUGGCAUUGACCCUACUGGAAACUAUGUUGGCGACUCGGACCUGCAGCUGGAGAGGAUUAGUGUAUAUUACAAUGAGGCUUCCUCACACAAGUACGUACCUCGAGCCAUCUUAGUGGAUCUGGAGCCGGGGACAAUGGACAGUGUCCGCUCCGGAGCCUUUGGACAUCUUUUCAGACCAGAUAACUUCAUUUUUGGACAAAGUGGUGCCGGCAACAACUGGGCGAAGGGUCACUACACCGAAGGGGCUGAACUGGUGGACUCCGUGUUGGAUGUGGUGAGGAAGGAAUGUGAAAACUGCGACUGUCUACAAGGCUUCCAGCUCACACAUUCUCUUGGCGGGGGGACCGGAUCUGGCAUGGGCACCUUACUCAUCAGUAAGGUCAGGGAGGAGUAUCCUGACCGUAUCAUGAACACUUUUAGCGUAGUCCCCUCCCCAAAGGUAUCCGACACAGUAGUUGAACCGUACAACGCAACGUUGUCUAUCCAUCAAUUGGUGGAAAACACAGAUGAGACCUACUGCAUUGACAAUGAAGCUUUAUAUGACAUCUGCUUCCGCACCCUCAAACUAGCCACUCCAACAUACGGAGACCUCAACCAUCUAGUCAGUGCCACAAUGAGUGGGGUGACCACUUCUCUUAGGUUCCCCGGACAACUCAAUGCUGACCUGCGCAAACUGGCAGUCAACAUGGUCCCCUUCCCUCGUCUUCAUUUCUUCAUGCCAGGCUUUGCCCCCUUGACUGCCCGUGGCAGCCAGCAGUACAGGGCGCUGACUGUACCUGAACUCACUCAACAGAUGUUUGACGCCAAGAACAUGAUGGCAGCCUGCGAUCCCCGCCACGGGCGCUAUCUGACAGUGGCCACCGUCUUCCGCGGGCGCAUGUCAAUGAAGGAGGUGGACGAGCAGAUGCUGGCCAUCCAGAGCAAGAACAGCAGCUACUUUGUGGAAUGGAUCCCCAACAAUGUGAAGGUCGCCGUCUGUGACAUCCCGCCCCGUGGUCUCAAGAUGUCCUCCACCUUUAUAGGCAACAGCACGGCCAUCCAAGAGCUGUUUAAACGCAUCUCCGAGCAGUUCACUGCCAUGUUCCGACGCAAGGCUUUCUUGCACUGGUACACGGGAGAGGGCAUGGACGAAAUGGAAUUCACAGAGGCUGAGAGCAACAUGAACGACCUGGUAUCUGAGUACCAACAGUAUCAGGAUGCAACCGCCGAGGAAGAGGGUGAGAUGUACGAAGACGACGAAGAGGAGUCAGAAGCUCAGGGGAAGUAAGGAAGCCAACCCCAGGACCAGUAAUGUCAGAUAGGGCCCCCCAAGGUUUAGGAAUCCCACUCAUACUGCAUCAUUUGUCGCUUCUGAUUUAGGAUUAUAAUGAACCUGUACCCUCCAUCCCCCUUAUUUAUUUAGCUCUCCGCUGCCAAAGGAACCUGCAGAAUUUGAUGCGCAUCAUUGCUGGUGCAACCAACGGAGCCCUCUGCUGAAGAAUGCCUGUAAAGCAUUGUGCAUGGUGAACCUCACCUCUAAGGCUACUGCAGCAGGGAAUAGUGAUAAGGACACCGGGCGUGGGGAAAAGGGUGUAGAUCAGGGAAGGGCAAAUAAAGAGUUUUGGCUGAAAAAUAAUCGAGGUUUGAAGUCUUAGAUACAGUCCGGCAGUGGAACAGGAACAGCUAAAGGGAAGUGUACGUGUGCUGGUGAACUACAACUAUGGUAAUAUGGGGUUGCCAGUGGGGUAAGACGUCACAGACUGGCCCACCCAAGAAGACGAAAUUGUCAUGUAAAUUCUAGCAGCAGAGACCCAGGUUAUAUCUGUGUCUUCUCAUCGUUCCCUCGUCCUGUCUGAUUUUUUUUUUUUUGUAAUUUUCUUUUAUGUGCACUUAUUUUUUAUGUUGGUUUUAUUGGAUUAUUUAUUUUUAAAUACCGAAUAAACUUCCUGCUGUCCAACA